AUGGAUUCCAAAGAAUUGCUUAACCCGUUGGAUCAAGACGAAACCAGGAAAAAUGCACUCAUCAGUACCAAAGGAGGGAUCGUGAUGGACUUCCAUCCACCCUUCAGGGGUGGAGCUACUGUCCAAGCCCCUGUGUCUACAUCUCCUCUCCCUGCAUCUUCUCAGUCAGAUUCCAGUCAGCAACCUGCUUUGGCUGACUUUCCAAAAGGAUUAGGAAACAAUGUGCCUCAGCCAGACCUUUCCAAGGCAGUGUCGCUCUCGAUGGGACUGUACAUGGGUGAAACAGACGCAAAAGUGAUGGGAAACGACCUUGGAUUUUCGCACCAGGGCCAAAUCGGCAUCUCUUCCGGAGACACGGACUUCAGGCUCCUGGAGGAAAGUAUUGCGAGCUUGAACAAGUCCUCGAGCCUGGCCGAGGACGCCAAGGGAGCCGCGUCCUCCGAGGUGCCGCUCGAGCCGGAUUUCCCAGGCAUGGCCGGGCGCAGCGUCCCCGCGGAGUCGGGCGCUGCGGUCCAAAGCCAGGUGGGCUCGAAUGGUGGCAACUUGAAGUUGUUUUCUGAAGACCAAAGCACCCUGGAUAUCCUCCAGGAUUUGGAAUUGCCGCCGGUGUCGCCGGGCAAGGAGCCCAACGGGAGCCCGUGGCGGCUGGACCCGUUGCUCGAUGACGGUGGCUUGCUCUCCCCCAUAUCCGCGGACGACGCCUUUCUCCUGGAAGGAAGUCUCGGCGAAGACUGCAAGCCUCCUCUUUUAUCUGACACUAAACCUAAAAUUAAUGACCGUGGUGACCUUUUACCCAGUUCCAAAAUGCCAAUGCCUCAAGUGAAAACAGAAAAGGAAGACUUCAUUGAACUGUGUACUCCCGGCAUCAAGCAGGAAAACAUGGGCCCGCUUUACUGCCAGGCCAACUUCUCCGGGUCGAACCUGCUGGGUACGAAAGUCUCGGCCAUCUCCAUCCACGGUGUCAGCACCUCUGGGGGACAGAUGUACCACUAUGAUCUAAAUACUGCGUCGCUCUCUCAGCAGCAGGAUCAGAAACCAAUUUUUAAUAUCAUUCCAUCUCUUCCUGCCGGGUCAGAAAAUUGGAAUAGGUGCCAGGGAUCGGGGGACGAGGCAUUGGCUCCGCUGGGAUCGCUCAACCUCUCUGGCAGACCUGCUUUCUCUAAUGGCUAUUCAAGCCCUGGAAUGAGAUCAGAUGUAAGCUCUUCUCCAUCCACAACCUCAGCAACUACGGGACCACCUCCCAAGCUCUGCCUGGUGUGCUCCGACGAGGCCUCCGGGUGCCACUACGGUGUCCUGACGUGUGGCAGCUGCAAAGUGUUCUUCAAGAGGGCAGUGGAAGGGCAGCACAACUACCUGUGUGCCGGCAGGAACGACUGCAUCAUCGACAAGAUCCGCAGGAAGAACUGCCCCGCGUGCCGCUACCGCAAGUGUCUGCAGGCGGGCAUGAACCUGGAAGCCCGGAAGACCAAGAAGAAGAUCAAGGGGCUGCAGCAGGGCGGCGCGGCGGGCGCGCGCGAGGCUCCGGAGGCAGCUGGCAGCAAGAGCAUCGUGCCCGCCUCGCUGCCACAGCUGACGCCCACCCUGGUGUCCCUGCUGGAGGUCAUCGAGCCCGAGGUGCUCUACUCGGGCUACGACAGCUCCCUGCCCGACUCCAGCUGGAGGAUCCUCUCCACGCUCAACAUGCUGGGCGGCCGCCAGGUGGUCGCUGCCGUCAAGUGGGCAAAGGCAAUCCCAGGUUUCCGAAACUUGCACCUGGAUGACCAAAUGACCCUUCUGCAGUACUCCUGGAUGUUCCUGAUGGCUUUUGCUCUAGGCUGGAGGUCCUACAAGCAGUCCAACGGCAACCUGCUGUGCUUUGCUCCAGACCUGAUCAUCAAUGAGCAGAGGAUGAACCUCCCGUGUAUGUAUGAGCAAUGCAAACACAUGCUCAUGGUGGCCCGAGAGCUGUCCCGGCUCCAAGUCUCCUACGAGGAGUAUCUCUGCAUGAAGACGUUGCUUCUCCUCUCUACAAUUCCCAAGGAGGGCCUGAAGAGCCAGUCCCUGUUUGAGGAGAUCCGCAUGACGUACAUCAAGGAGCUGGGCAAGGCCAUCGUCAAGAGGGAAGGGAACUCCAGCCAGAACUGGCAGCGAUUUUAUCAACUGACUAAACUGCUGGACUCUAUGCAUGAUGUGGUUGAAAAUCUUCUGAGCUUUUGCUUCCAGACAUUUUUGGAUAAAUCCAUGAGUAUUGAGUUCCCAGAAAUGUUGGCAGAAAUCAUCAGCAAUCAGAUACCAAAAUAUUCCAAUGGAAAUAUCAAGAAGCUCUUGUUUCAUCAGAAGUGACUGCCUUAACACAAAGGGUUGCCUUAAGAAACCGUCACACGAUAGCUUUGUUUUGUAAAGAGAAAACCUACAGAACUUGUUCCUUUUGUCCUCGCAGGUGUUUCUUUUGUAAUUAUGCACUACAUGUGGUUUACAGAGGGCCAAGAGUUAGGCUGGAGAAGCAGCGGAUUUCUCGCGUUGGGGAAAGGAUUGGGGAGAAAGGAAAGGAAAAGAAAUCGUGGUUUUGGCAGAAAUUUUCUCUCCCCUCGUGCACCAUCCCUGGAUGCAUCAAACCACCAGUGACAAGCUCUGAGGCUGUUACGAACAUUCUGCUAAUUAAUUAAUUAAUUGCUGCAGUUGGCUGGAGACAAUUUUUUAGGCUUUUUUUUUUAUUUUAGUAAAGUGUUUUGGAUUUUUUUUUUUAAAGUUAAGGUAGUAUUUUGGUUUAUGCAUGUAACCUGAAGAAAGUUUACAAGUGUAUAUCAGAAAAGGGAAGUUGUGCCUUUUAUAGCUAUUACUGUCUGGUUUUAGCAAUUUCCUUUAACUUUAUAUACCGUGAACUCGGCUUGUUCAUUUUUUCUUACAUAAUUUUUUUGUAAUACUUCAAGAUGCCUAUUGUACAGCUGGUUUUUUAAGGUGGGGCAGCUCGUAGCUUUCCUAAAUGACCUCUAGACAGUAAGUACUCACGUAGAUUCAUGUGAAACUGGGUUGGGCUUUUCUAACCUAAUGCUUUCAACCGGCAAAGUGGCCAUAAAAAUUGGGUUUUUUCUAAGGGCCCGGGUGGGUGGGAGAGCACUCUCAAAUCUCAUUUCAGUAGAUCCAGAUGAAACAAAUCCUUUUGGUACAUUGCAAAAGUGUUGGAUAUGCAGAUUCAUAGAAAAUUAGCCCAGUCCUAACUGGAUGUAAAUGAGCAGGUUAUUUUAUAUAUUUAAAAAAAAAAAAGAAGCCUGAUUUUUGCAUAUGAUGCAACAGCCAUAACGCAAAGAGUCACGGGCUGCAUUGAUGCCAAGAAGAUCAGUCCUGACUGCCCAUCAGGAAAUUUUCAGGAAAAUAUGCAUAGCUUCAGAAAAGUUUACUUCUGUGUGGAGAAACUCCGUUUUCUGUACACUUCAAGCUGCCAUCACACAAAUAUUUCGGAGACCCCACGGACGGGGAGGACGGGCGAGCGCGCCCGGCGGCUGGGGCUGCUCUCCUGCAGGAGUCCAGGAUCCUCCUCCCCGGGGACUUGUCCACGCAGCUGGGACUGGAUCUCCCAGCUCUGAACUCGCCUGGUUAGAGACCCAAUUCCGCAUCUCCACCCUUCACUGACUGCUCCAUCCUCUUUCCUGGAGAGCAGGAGAGCUCCGCUACUGAGUUCGUGGUCUUAGAGUUGUCCGUCAAACUUUCUGUCUUUGUAAGGCUGCAGCCCUUCACAUUGAAUUCCUGGCGUGCCAUAAAUUCCCGUAGGCCUUGUGGAUUUCUCCUUGUUGCCAUUGAUGAGGAUAUUUUCGACAUUUAGAAGCUGUAGUAGCCUUUUCUACGUGCACCUUAACAAUUUUCUGUAUCUCAAAACUGAAAUAUUUACUAUGCCACUCUAAAAUUUGAUUUUUACUCGAAGUGGCCAGAUUGUUUGUGUAAUAGAAAUGAGAAAGAUCGUCUGAGAAAAUACAAAACCUAAUAUAUUUUUAUAUUUAGUUAUAGUUUCAAAUAUGUAUAAUCGGUAUAUUCGCUGAUCCAAGAAAAAAAGGGAAGGGCUACUGCAGCUUUAAAAGCAAUUUAUUAAAUGAUUGUAAAAUAGCUUGUAUAGUGUAUAAUAAGGAUGAUUUUUAGAUGACAGAUUGCUUUAUCAUGAUACAUGUAAUUAUAUUUUUUGUAGGGGUCACAGAUACGCUGAGUGGAAACCGUGGCGCGUGGUUGGGCCGGAGGCAGCACCAGGGCUGUCGGUGUUGGUAUCCAAAGAAGUGCUCUGUUCAGAGGGGAAACCUGUGCUCCUGGGUGUUUGUGGGUGGGCUUGUGUUCAUUGAAUCACUGUGUACAAUUCCCGUUGGUUUUGGGGGGGGAUACUCCUAUCUGUAUGGUCGGGAGCCGCUCCCGAGGCACGGCUGAACCAGACCCCGCUGCAAAAACUGUCACAGCUCUGACAGCAAAAACAGCUUAGAAAUUGGGCAAUAAUCCACAUCCAGGUGCCAGCAAUAUGUAAAUACAGAGCGUGGGGUGUUCACAGCACAUUUCUACAUUGAGCAGACCUUGGUUUCCAACUGAAAUAGGAAACUCAAUUCUCAUCCUUUCUUAAAGCUCUUUUUGAAUGUUAUACCUAUUAAAAAAAGAUCCUAUAUUCAGUACUUUGGAGUAAAAUAGCAUCUUUAAUAAAAGAAAAUAAUCACUCUCUUCUUCGAUCUGUAAGGAAUAUGUACAUUUUGUAAUAGGUAAAGGUCAGGAUUUUAAUUACAACUUCCAGCCCAAGUCGUUGGGAAUCCUCCGCGCCCGUUUGCGAUACAGAUAGGAGUUUGUGCUGGUGGGGUUGGGGGUCCUGGGCUAGGGGAAGCCUGCUCUUUCUUUGGAGAAUGUUUUAUAAACUUGCAUCCCCAGAGCCUGGGGACAGCGUGUGCGGGUCGGGGUGCAGGGACCCCAAAUUGUCAUUUUUGCCAGCAAAAGCAACUGCAGUGAACUCCAGCAGGUGGUGGAGUCGGGGGUUGGAACUGGAUGAGCUUUAAGAUCCCUUCCAACCCAAAUUCUGGGGUUCUUUGGUUCCCCCGCGAGAGAACCGGUCACAUAGGAGGAGAGGCUCUCUGCCCCUUGUGUCUGUUUGCCUGUAUAUUCAUUUUUAGUCUCUGGAUUUAAGGAAAAACAGAGGAAACUGUGAUGUUCGAGGAAGAGUCGUCCUGUGCGUGCUGUUCAGUUCACACUCACCAGUGAGACUCCGUAGUGCUGUAGCAGCAGUGAGCAGUCCGUGUCCUGUCAUCCGUGGUCCGUGUAGCAGUGGGGAGUCCCUGCACUCUGGAUAAAGCAGGGAGAACUCGGCCUUGGCCCUUCAGUGCCUUAUCACAAAGUGCACGGAUCCGCCGGCGCGGCGGGGGCAGCUCAGGACUCGCAAUGGCCUUAGGGGGACACGGGGACAGGGACGGGGGCGCGGGGGGCGGGGGGCUGGGGACCGGUGCCAAUCGAUGCCGAAGUGACCUCGCCAUUCCCACGGGGAAAGGCAGGGAAGGAGGAAGUGCCUGGAUGAACGUGGGCCGUGGGGAGCACCCCGCGGCCGACCUCAGAGAGGGAGGACUUCAGGGACAUGACGUAGAGUGGGAUUUUACAAAGAUUGUAUUCUUAUAUCCCUGUGAGCGUUGGGGGCUGGAGCAGCCUGCUCUGCUGGGAGGUGGCCCUGCCGUGGCAGGGGGGAGCAGAGGAGCUUUAGGGUCCCUUCCCACCCAGUCCAGGCUGGGGUUCCAUGGUCACAGACCAGGCACGCCCUGCCCCAUCCCAGUCUGCAGCCAGGGCUCGCUGAGCCGUCGAUGUCUCAUAGGAACCAAAUUUUCCAUGAAGGUCGAGGGCCUCUCCAGCCCUCGUGUCCGAGGGAAGGCUGGGAGGGUUGGGAACGCCCCACCUCCAGCCCCCUGCCCACAGCAGAGGCAGCGAUGGGUCAUUACUCUAUUUUGUAUAUUAAACAAAAAGAUAUAUACUGGGGACAAAUCCUAUAUCAUACCAGUGUAUGGCAUUAUAAAAAAAAAAAUCAUUAUUUUUAUCACAGCAAUUUUAAACAGCAUUAAAAAGAAAUUAAACCAGUGACUCCUGUUUAAAAAUAAAAGUUGUAGUUUUUUAUUCAUGCUGAAUAAUUCUGUAGUAACAAGUCUGUAGUUUUCACCUACUCAGUGAAAUGUUGGACUGUAAAAGCUUGUGUGGAAUUGUUGAACAUUUAUUUUUUCAUUUAAAUUUGCUGUUCUGGUAAUACAAAGCCACACAUCUGUACAGAAGUUGCAGUAAAUGUGAGCCAUUUACAGCAAUGCCGAAUAAUGGACAGAAACCAUAUAAUAAAAUUCUGCUUUUUUCAUUAAAUGGC